CUCGGCCUUGAGCGGUAGAGCACACCUCGCAGCAGCCGGGCGCUCCCUGUGGACCACUGCGUUGGGGAGAGCUGCUGCAGAGCAGCUGUUUUUCCCUUCUCUAGGCUCCAGACGUCUCCACACUCCCUGCUCCCUUCAGGUCUCUCCUUUGUGUCGUGAUUCUGCAGAAGGGCUAGCGAUCCCGCCCCCUUUGCCCUGUACUGACUCGCUCCCACCCUAACCCUGUCCGCUUUUCCAGCUGUCCGCUGCCAUUCCCAGAGCAUCGCAGCCAUGGGCAUCCGAGGCAUGCUGCGAGCCGCCGUGCUCCUGCUGCUCAUCAGGACUUGGCUCGCAGAGAGCAACGGCCCCAGUCCCACCCCCAAAUUCCACUUCGAGCUCUCCUCCAGCAUGCCCGAAGUCAUCCUGGAUCUCUUCAACUGCAAAAAUUGUGCGAAUGAAGCUGUGGUUCAAAAGAUUUUGGACAGGGUGCUAUCAACAUAUGAUGUCCGACUGAGACCAAAUUUUGGAGGUGCCCCUGUGCCUGUGUCAGUAUCUAUCUAUGUCUCCAGUAUUGAACAGAUCUCAGAAAUAAAUAUGGACUAUACAAUCACUAUGUUUUUGCAUCAGACCUGGAAGGACACACGCUUAGCAUACUAUGAGACCAACUUGAACCUGACUCUGGACUAUCAUAUGCAUGAGAAGCUGUGGGUCCCUGACUGCUACUUUGUGAAUAGCAAAAAUGCCUUUGUGCAUGAUGUAACUGUGGAGAAUCGUGUGUUUCAGCUUCACCCAGAUGGAACAGUGCGAUAUGGCAUCCGGCUUACCACAACAGCAGCCUGUUCCCUGGAUCUGCAAAAAUUCCCUAUGGACAAGCAAGCCUGCAAGCUGGAGGUGGAGAGCUAUGGCUAUACCAUCGAAGACAUUGUGUUAUCCUGGGAAGAUGAGAAUGCCAUCCACAUUACUGAUGAGCUGCACAUCCCUCGGUUUACCUACCUGGGGAGGACAAUUACUAGCAAGGAGGUGUAUUUCUACACAGGCUCCUACAUGCGCCUGAUUGUGAAGUUCCAGGUUCAAAGAGAAGUCCGCAGUUACCUUGUGCAGGUCUAUUGGCCCACAGUCCUCACCACUAUUCUCUCCUGGAUAUCAUUUUGGAUGAACUAUGAUUCCUCUGCUGCCAGGGUGACAAUUGGCCUAACUUCUAUUCUUGUCCUGACCACCAUCGACUCACAUAUGCGAGAUAAACUCCCCCAUAUUUCCUGUAUCAAAGCCAUUGACAUCUACAUCCUUGUGUGCCUGUUCUUCGUGUUCCUGUCCCUGCUGGAGUAUGUCUACAUCAACUACCUUUUCUUCAGCCAAGGACCUCAACACAAUCGCAAGAGGUGCAAGAAACCCAGGAGAGUUGUUGCGCGAUACCGCUACCAAGAAGUGGUGGUGGGAAAUGUGCAGGAUGGCCUGAUUAAUGUGGAAGACAGAGUGGAAGACAGAGCUGAUCCUCUUCCUGACAGUCCCAUGCAGGCUCAUCUGGCAAGUCCGGAAAGUCUUGUGUCCUUGGUGCUCACUUCAGAACAGGCCCAGCUGGCUACCUCAGAAAGCCUCAGCCCACUCUCUUCCACCCCAAGCCAGGCCCAAUUGGCCACUGGAGAAAGCCUGAGUGAUCUGCCCUCCACCUCUGAGCAAACAGUGCAUGACUGUACCAUUCACUUUCAUGGCUUCCUCGCUAAUGACAGUAUUAUCCCCAUCAAAAUCCACAACCAUUCUGAGGCCCAUGGUGAUGGAGACUCUGAAGAGAGCCUAAGCUCUGAAAGCCAUGGCCAUGACAGCAGCACCAGUGGAAGGCUCAUGUUCCACAGUGGCCAGAGGUGUGUGCAAGAAGCAAGUUGGGACCUUGAUAAGAUUGAGAGCUUACAGGAUGACAUCAGUAUCAAGAGCAGCUGGCUUGGCCUUGAUGAACUAUGCAAGGGGGAUGCUGACAGUAUCUGGAGCCUUACUGAUGAGGAGCUCAUGGCCUGUGACCGAGCGAAGGAGCAUAGCUCAGAGUCUGGGGAGAGUUUCCCCUCAAUCCCUGGGUGCUCAUUCAAUGAAGGGUUCUCUUUCCAGAUCUUUAACCCUGACCGGGUCCCUAAGGUUGAUAGGUGGUCCCGUUUCCUCUUCCCUUUUUCCUUUGGGUUGUUCAAUGUGGUUUACUGGUUGUACCACAUCUAUUAGUUUCCCAUACCCUAUAGCAACAGAGAUACUAUGUUGUGUUUCCUUCAUAGUUCCUUAGGUUUUGUUUUUCCAUCUUCUCUUUGUUCAUUUUAUUUGGUAGUUGUUAGGGCAAUCAAAUCUGUUGUGCCCUUUUCUUUAUUAUGAAGUGGAGAUGGAGAGAACAUGUAGCCAGAGAGUAAGGGAUUGAGGAAGACAUGAAGAUAAAUUGCACAUUUUCCUCCUGCUAGAAGACUCUUACCUUUCAAACACUUUGAACAGUCCAUCAGUCUAGAAAUUCCUUCAGAAGUGUUGAAAGGACAUAGAAGAGCCAGGCUGAGGAAUGAGGAGAAUCUGAGCCUGGUUCACAAGCAUUCCUGGGAGCUUUCCUUUUAGUCCCUUCAAGGUGUUGAAAUUACUUUUGCAUCACUUUUUUUUUCUUCCUCCUGGAUCUCAUGCACCUUGUCCACCUGCUAAAAAGGGCUUUGGGAGAAGUCAAGCUAAGUUGGCCUUGGGUAUGCAGAGGUGCUAGGCAUGGCUUGGAUAUUCUGACAAAAGGAAAGUUGGGAAACAUUUAUAAGUGCCUUGUACUUUGAGUGUGAAGUUGUGAGUGAGAGGGGAAGGUGGAAGAGACUGCAAAGAGAUAUAGCUGGGUAAGUGAGAAUGCAUGCUUCCAGCAGGGGUAUGUAAGACAAGGGGGUGAUAUCAGGCUGGAGUUUGUACAUGUUCAUAUGUUCCAUUUAAAGUUAUUAGACCUUUUCUUGCCUAUAUUUCUGUUUCACAUUGCCUGACAGUAGGUAUUCAGUACUUCUCUUCAGUUAGAAGUUAGCUUUCUACAAUUGCUGAGUUGAUUACUAGUUACAGUAGAAGCACUUGGUGAGUAAGCACUAGUUGAGAAAGUUCAGAGUUGCUAUUUUGCCAUCAGCCAAUAGCAUAUGAACAAUUACUGUGAAUCUAUAUACUAAUCCUUUCUGUUUGUCUAGUGCAUAAUAAGUGCCAACGAGCUCCCUGACCCAUCACAUCGUUGGAUCCUCACAGGAGCCCUGUGAGCCAGGGAAGACAAAGCACCUUGUCCCCAGUGUUCCAAGGAAAAAGUGGAGCUUGUGUGCCAUGCUUAUGGAUGCUUGUUCUUUCUCCUUAUCUACCUAACUCUCAACUGAUGCACUCCCCUACUGCCCCUUCCCUUUUGCUCAAAGGAACAUCCCUACAGAAUCUACCUGUUGGGCUACUAAGCAAGAGGCUACGGAGGAGCCACUGAACAUGAACUGAGCAGUUGGAGAAUAUGGCCCUGUCCACUCAACAGGGCUCCUGAUGACAGUAGGAUGAGCCUGCAUGCCAACCUGACAGGAAGCACCAGCUCAUUGAUGGAAGUCAUAAGAGAGCUUUCCAAGCAUUCAAUAUAUGUUCCCCCUUUAUAAACAGCCUCUCCUUCAGCCCUGUACCCAUACACAGCCCACCCACAUCCUUAACUAUACUUCUGUGUUUAUAUAUUUCUGUGUAUCCCUGGAGAUGAGUGUGCAUGCAUACAAGUAGAUCUAUGUGCCAUACAACCAUUUGAGAAGCUGAAUAGCACUGCAGUAGUGUAAAUCUAUGUUAGUAUGUAUGAAUGCAUAUCUGUACUGUGUGGAUGAGUAAUUUAAAUGUAUACAUCUCUAUGACAGUGUCAGUGUACAUGUGUACUUAUAUUAACACAGGUGAAUGCAUUCUGUGUACAUUUCUAGAAAGUAUAUGUCUAUAUACCUCUGUUUAUCAAAUUUAGUUGGUGUAAAAGAACAUACAUCAAAAACCCUAUGUAUUCCCUGUUCGAGGUUCUUGUAGACUCUAGUGACCUGUUUUGACACAGUGGGGAGAGUCUUGUUUAGCUGGACUGACUGUUUCUUUCUAGUUCUAGGGAGCCAGCAAGUAGGGUCUAUUGGUCUCCAUCAACUCCUCAUUCUUCCUCCACCCAUCUCUGCUGUGUUCUGGGAAGAAGACCCAGAGGAAGUGAACAUAGUCCUAAGAAGCGGUAAUGUUAGUGCCUUGGGGAUAGAGAGUAAUUGGUCCAUGGGAUAAACUUGGAGUGCUGAGCAUUUUGCUUGAUGCUGAAAGGUACCAAAAGAUGAACUGGGAAUAGAAAUAAGGUGUGGACAAUGGGGUAGGUAUUCAGAGACUUGGAGAAAAGGUUAUUUAUAAUUUUAAAAUUCAUUUCAUUACCCUAUUCACUAUGUGAGCCUGACACAGAUGAGGACUGCUUGCAGCUAUAGACAAGCAUGCAGUGAAAGGAUGUGCCCAGAAUGUUGGGUGCCAACAGCUGCAUUCUAAGAACCAAAGGUGCCUGAGAUGUCUGGGGACAAGGACUGUGGUGGUGGGCCUAUGGGAGAAGUAUAUUUAUAGCUCAUCCUAGGACAGUUGUUGGCUGUUUGAAUAGGCCCCAAAUUCUCUACCUUGAAUUUGAAAUUUGAGCAUUUCUGACUUUAGCUCAAUUCAAGGAAAGAUUCAGAGAAGUGAAAGUGGAAAGAAGUCCAGGUACUGACUAGAUGGUCCCAGUGUAUUGCCCCUUCUCUUCUCCACACAGAUGAAGUUCCAGACUCACACACAGCCACACACACCUAUGCCAUCACACAUGCAUACAUACACAUCAGGAGUACCCACAUUUCUAGUUACACUCACAGGCAUAGACAGGCAUACACACUCACAAAUAGAGAUGCAUAUACUCACACAUACUUUUAAGACAACUCAAAACAAGGACAUUACUACCAAAAUGUCUAAGAUUGCCUCUUUUGUUUUUGGAAGCCAGCACAAAGAGGUCCAGAUUAAAGGGAGAACAGAGACCUCUCAUCUGGAAUCUGAACAUUCAUUGGCUGUGUUCUUGGAUUUGGAGCCCUACAAUCUUGAAGUGUUGAACACAUCAUUGGAGUAAAGUUGCAAAGAGGAAUUGGAGUAGUGGGAACAAAGGGGCAGCAGAGGAAGGGCAGAGAGCCCAGUUGUAAAUAUCCACAUAGCUAGAUAUAUCAUACCCUUAAAAGACUAUUUUGCCCUAAUGUGCUGCAAUGAAAGCAGUUAAAUUCUACUGUGAUUCAUAUUCUGUGAGGUUAAGUGUCAAAGUGCUGUGGAGAUUUGGCAAUGACAACUUUUCAGGAACUUGAAUCUUCUGGUUUUCCCAUGUCUGUGGUAUCUCUUAAAAGUUUCCAGAUCUCCCCUUGUGUUCUGUGUGUGGUCUGUUGUCCAUUGUCAAGCCUGAUUCUAGCUGUUCCUAGUCCCCCUCCCAUGCAGGCAUACCCUCUCUAUCUGGCUGCCUAUGCCUCUUUCCCAAUGUCCCCCAACACCAAGCAGUUGCUAAAGUGCAGAGGACCUGCUCCUGGAGUUCAGCCAGUCCAAGAGCUUGGACAGAAGGAAGAGCCUUACUGAAUCUGGGAUGGAGCAAUACCACUUUACUACUCUCCUGUCUUACCCUCCCCUUACCUUUUACCCUAGAAUCCGUAACUGAGCAGGACACUAGCUGUCUGUCUUUCCAAAUUGUCAUUUUGUUGAAGAAAUGUGUGAUGCAUUUCCUGCCCAGUUUGAUUUGAACUGUGGGGUGUGUGCAGAGAGAAUAAUAUGUUGUGUCUUAAUGGAGUUCAUCCAGUGUAUUCUUACAAUUUGUGUCAUCCUUGAUAGUUGCAAGUCUGCAAACUCUUGGCAUACUUAGAAGGAAGUUUUGCUGAGAUGGUGACCAUUCCUAAUGAGGGUUCCUUACUCUUGUAUAUAUAGUAGCUACACCUUCAAGCUAUUAACUACUGAAUGUAUUCACUAAGCACUCCAUCUGCAUGACCCUGUGGUAGUAAGAAGGAACUUUCUAGCUGCUCCACAACCCAGCAUCCAAUGUAAUUGUAACUGUCCUACCAAAAAUGGAGUAUGUUCAUGUUUGUUGUAUAAUAUCCUGAGAUUAAUAUGAAAUCUACAUUAUCAGUGUUGUGCUUUCAAGGGAGGGGAGAGAUAUUAAAGUAUCUCUCUGGUAUACUUAAAUUAUGAAAUAUGCCAACUGGUCAGGGUCAUUAUGUAGAACUGUGUCAGAAUUUGCACCCAUCAUCAUGCCAGACUGUAUCCCUGGGAUCAGUAUUUAUCAGCAAAGGUACAGGUACCAGAAUUUUGCACAGUACUGUAGUAGAUGACUUUAGAUGAUACUAGAGGAUUCUUUCAAUAGUGACUAAGUCAAUAACAUUCUAGAAGCAAAUGAACUAUGGUGAAGUCACAUACAUACAGAUCUUCAGCAGUGGUAUUGGGCCAAGACAGUAAAAAGCAAGAAAGAGAAUGACUGAUAGCUGAGUGACCUGGGUGGUCUGACCUGCAAGGGUCAUGGAGUAGCAGAGCUUCACUAGAAAACUGGGUGCCCACGUUGAGCUCAUUAAUCAUUCAUGUGAGAAAAAGACCUUGACAAGUCCUGAUUUCAAGAAAGUGAAACAUGAAGAAGCAUAAGAUUAUGCUUCUGAAAAAUAUACAGAAAUAAGUAAAAAACAUGUAAGUAGCAAAAAGCAAAAUAAAAAUCUAUAAUAGCAAAUAUUCUGGUUGGUC